AUGACGAUGCUGGAAGACCACCUGGAGGGAAUAAUCAAUGUCUUCCAUCAGUAUUCAGUGCGGGUGGGGCAUUUUGACACUCUCAGUAAGGGUGAGCUGAAGCAGCUGAUCACAAAGGAACUUCCAAACACCCUCAUGAAUACCAAAGAUCAAGCUACCAUUGACAAAAUAUUUCAAGAGCUGGAUGACAAUCGAGAUGGAGAAGUCAGCUUUGAGGAGUUCGUGACCCUGGUGGCCAGAGUGAUGGUGACUGCCCAUGUAAAUAUCCACAAAGGGUAG